UAGCACAAAGCAAUUGGCCAUUUCUAGUAAUAUUUUCAUUGGCCUGAUGUAACUUCACUUCCACUUCUGGUUUGAGUGUAGUUCUGGGAGAAGAAUGGAUUAUGGACUCUCAUCUGGGAAGAAACUGGGAUUAAAAAGGUGAGACAGCCUAUCAUUAACUUGCCCCAUAUAAGCACAGACCUCUCCAAGAGCUGCUGCAUACAAACACAUGAGAAUAACAGAGGUCAGCAGGACGGUGGAAGUUGAAUGCAGUAUCUUGAAGCUUUUUUGGGGGGGGAUAGAAGACUGAAUUGAGAAGUUGAACAAGUUUGGAGAGAAGAGGCUGGACCUUGAUCCUAAACCCUGCUGAAGUACACCACAGAGAAAACGUCCAUUUCAAACAGCCCUCCCUCCAUCCCAUUACUCAUCCAUCAUGGCAGAGCCGUCUCCAAGUUGGUGGAAGUUGACUUUCCUGAGGAGGAAAAAAUCCCAGCCCAAGGUCCUGUAUGAAAUCCCCACAGAGUUUGUCUCCAACGCCGCCACUGGCUCAGCCACAGGAGCCGCCACCCACCAGGAGGACAUGGUGUACGACCCCCAGCUGGACGCCCGGCUGGAGAGGAUCAUGGAUAAGACGACGGCGAGCAAAGGGCGCCACGUCAAGGUGUCUCACUCCGGGAGGUUCAAGGAGAAGAAGAAAGUGAGGGCCACGCUGUCGGAGAACCCAGAGAUGUUUCCAGGGGGGGACCCUGCAGGAGAUGAGAACCAGCGGUUGAAAUGAAUAGUGAUGCAUUCAUAGGGAGAGGUUAAAAUGGUGCGUUUGGGUUCACAGCUCUCUUACCUUGUUGUCAGUUGAUGGAGCCUAAAUCUGGGGAAACUAUAACCCUUAAAAUCUGUU